GGUUCUGGGGAUUAGAAUGUGGAUGUCUUUGGGGAACCAUGAUGUCUAAGGUUUAAAAGGGUAUCUCGAACUUAACCUGUACCAAACCAGACUCACACCGUGCCCCAAACCUGCUUCUCCCCUGUCUCAGGCAGCGGCAGCUGUGUCCUUCCAGUGCUCAGGCUAAAACUUACAGACGUCUGGGCUCCUCUCUGUCUUUCGCUACAUUUGCUCUCUUGGGAGAUGUUGUCCCCAGCAGUGUCAAAAUGUCCACAUCUGGGGGCACCUGGGUGGCUCAGUCGGUUGAGCGUCCAGCUUUGGCUCAGGUCAUGAUCUCGCGGUCUGGGAGUUCGAGCCUCACGUCAGGCUCUAUGCUGACAGCUCAGAGCCUGGAGCCUGCUUGCGAUUCUGUGUCUCCCUCUCUCUCUGCCCCUCCCCUACUUGUGCGCACGCGCUCUCUCUCUUUCUCUCCCUCUGUCAAAAAUAAAUAAACGUUUAAAAAAGAAUGGCCACAUCUCACCUUUUCACACCCCUUCCAUCCCUGUUCUCCUUUCUCGCCUGAAUCAUGGAAUUCACCUUUUUCCUCGUCUCUCUGCCUCUGCCUUUCCACCUUUUAUGUUUUUCCACGUAGUGGCCAGAGGAGGAUCCUGGUUAGAAUAUGCUUAAUCAGUUUGCUUACUUUUUUAGGAAUAUUUGUACUGUAAAAUCAAGCACAAACGUAGAAACCCACGGUGGGUUUCUGUUACGUGCAGAUCUCUGCUGUGUGUGUUUGAAAAUUUCCAUAGUAAAAACUUAAAAUCUUGAAUGAACGCUAAAAAGCAAAAGCCAAAGUAAGUAGAUUUUAGGAACAGGCCGACGUGCAUUUAAGUCCUGCCUGUGUGACCCUAAGGGGAACGCACGUCCCCUCUCCGAAACUCCAUAUCUUGCCUACAAAAUAUGGGGAUGCCCGGUGUCCUAUGUCUCAGGGCUCCCACGAGAUGAUUUUUGUCAAAGACCUAGUACAUGGAGGGCAGGGUGCCUCAAGUGAGCUGUCGGGUCCAUCGCUGACCCCAGUCCCAUGGUCACUGACAGUGUAUUACAUUUCAGGAAUUUGUGACCCGCAGGGAUGUAGCCAUGGACUUCACCUUGGAGGACUGGGAGCAGCUGGGGCUGGACCAGGGGGACCUGUUCUGGGACACGGCGCUGGACAACUACCAGAACCUUUUCCUGCUGAACCCCUGCAAACCCAAACUGACCUCCUGUCCAGAUGGUGGCGAAGAGCUGGAGGCCGUGGUCAGAGAAAGCCCAGAAUCAGAGGGCCUUGCUCCUUAUGUCUCGCCGCGGGGAACGGGAGACACCUGCACUUACCCUCUCUCGGACAUGGCCGAGGUCAAGAACUGCCCUCUGGCACAAGACUUCUUGGAGGAAGGACUCUCCCAGGAGAUCAUGGAGACUUUGUCCAAGGAUGGCCUCGGGAACUCCAGUCUGGGGAAAGCCUAUGUAGGUGAGAGUUGGUUAGACAGUUUGCUAGGAGAUCCAGAAAGCCUUCUGAAGCCUGACGUCGUUACCAACAAGGGAAGUCCCACAGAAUGCAGGAGUCGCGAACUCCAGAGAGACCUCGGUCCUGAGCCCCUCCUUUCCGUGAGGGAGGAUUCUGUGAUGCGUGAUCUUCCUGAAAAGAGCCCAGCUAAGUCUCGGGAACGUGGGAAAGACUUUGGCUGUGACUUAGACCAGAGCCCGCAGGAUCCUGUCCAGGGAGGCGAGAAACUGUAUAAAUGUAGUGAAUGCGGGGAGAGCUUCAGUCAGAGUUACCAUCUCAUCCAGCACUGGAUUGUUCAUACUAGAGAGAAACCCGCCGUGCACGGAGAGUACGAGGAAGGUUGCAGCCAGAGGUCUUGCCUCUUUGUGCCCCUGACAACUCACACAGACUACAGAUCCUGUGCGUGUAACGAGGGCGGGAAAACCUGCACUCAGAGCACACACCUUCUGUGGCAUCAGCAAAUUCACACUGGAGAAGAACCACAUAAGAAUCAAGACAGCGACCCUCCGUCGGGUCUCAGCUUACAGCCUGCUGAGCACCAGAAACCCCAUACAGGUGAUGAGUCCUACAAAGGUAACGAGCGUGGCGAGGGUUUCAGCCAAACCUUUCACCUCACCCAGCAUCAGAAGACCCACACUCAGAAACGCUAUGAAUGUGCCAAAUGCAAGGCGACCUUCAACUUCAGCAAAUACCUCCUCCAACAUCAAAAAACCCAUGCUACGAAAACUACCUCUGAGCGUCAGGAAUGCGGGAAGGCCUUCGGGCAGAGCAUGCUGCUCGCCGAACACCAGUCCAUUCACACCGGAGAAAAGCCUUACGAGUGUGAUCAGUGUGGGAGGCCCUUCAGGAAUAUCUCGACCCUAAAGGUCCACCAGAGGGUUCACAGUGGAGAGAAGCCUUACAAAUGCAAUGAGUGUGGGAAAUCCUUCUACCGGAGCACUCACCUUAAUGAACAUCAGAGGAUUCACACCGGCUACAGGCCCUACAAGUGUCAUCAGUGCAUCAAGAGUUUCAGCCGGCCCUCCCACCUGAUUCGACACCAGUCUGUUCACGCCACAGGAAAGUCCUACUGCUGUGCCAGAUGCAAGAAGACCUUCAGCCAUAAUGAAUACCUUGUUCAACACCAGAAAAUGCAUGCUAUGGAGACCCUCCACGAGUGUCAGGAGUGUGGCGAGCGCUUCUUCUGCAGCUCGACCCUAGCAUGCCACCAGAGUGUCCACACCAGAGAAAAACAAGCACUUGGCGAGAGCGGGAGUAUCUUGAGUCAGGACUCAGAAUGGAGAGAACAUCCAGGGGUUGGCGAGAAGCACUUUAAGUGUAACAAAUGCGAGAAAACCUUCAGCUGCAGCAAAUAUCUGACUCAGCACGAGAGGGUUCACACCAGAGUGAAACCCUUUGAGUGUGACCAGUGUGGAAAAGCCUUUAGCAAAAGUACACAGCUCCUCCGCCACCAGAACAUCCACUCUCGAGUGAGGCCGUAUGAAUGUGGGGACUGUGGGAAGGCCUUCAUCCGCAGCACUUCCCUCGCCAAACAUCAGUCCACCCACAAGAGUGAGCACCCCUUUACAUGUAAUGAAUGUGGAAAGACCUUCAGCCAAAGUGCACACCUCUCAGAACAUCAGUUAACUCACACCGAGGAGGAGAAACUCUGUAAAUAUAGCAAGUGUGACAAAGCCCUUGCCCAAGGUAACUGCCUUACUCAGCAUCAGAGAACUCACGCCGGAAAGAAGUCCUUUGAGUGUGAUGAAUCCGGAAAAUCAUUCCAUUUGAGUUCGUGCCUUUCUAAGCAUCAGAGAGAUCACACAGGUGAGAAACCCCACAAAUGCAGUGACUGUGAGAAAACCUUCAGCCUGGGUGCUCAACUUCUUCAACACCGGAGAGUUCACACUGGAGAAAAGCCUUAUGUUUGUCAGAAAUGUGGGAAAGCUUUCAGCCAGAGCUCAUGCCUUUCCGUUCACCAGCGAGUUCACACUGGAGAAAAGCCUUAUGUUUGUCAGGAAUGCGGGAAAGCCUUCAGCCAGAGCUCGUGCCUUUCUGUUCACCGGAGGAUUCACACCGGGGAGAAGCCUUACGUGUGUGCUGAAUGUGGGAAAGCCUUUUCCCAGAAAGCAAAUCUGAUGCAGCAUGAGAGAGUUCACACUGGGGAGAAGCCUUAUGCCUGCAGGGUCUGUGGGAAAGCCUUUGGCCUCAGCGCCCAUCUCACUCAGCACCAGAGGGUUCACACCCAAGAGAAACCGUAGUAAUGUCAGUAUUGUCAGAAAGCCCUCUGAUGCAGGUCUCAGCAGACAUCAGCAAGCUCAUACUUGAAGGUCACAAGGAGUUACUUAGCAGUGACAAGUAGCAAUACCACAAGGUCCCAGCAGCAGCAACAGGGUCGCAGACAUCUAAACACAUUCGUCUGGGCCCUAAGGUUGAAACCACCGCACUGUAAGCUCCUCCGCCACGAAAUCGACACGUCUCUUUAUUAAUAAGGAGCAAUUAGAAAAUUUGCACACAUGAGUCUCAUGAAAACACAGUAGUGGAGAAGCUGUGUCGAAUGGCAGUUCAGCGGUAGACUUGAGCCAGUCGGCUGAGUUAAAUCCCGGCUCUGCCAUGUGCUAUCCGCGGGGAGAGCCAUGGGACUUCCUGGGGCCUCAGUGUCCUCACCUGUAAGAUUGGCACAAUAUGGUUACCUACCUCAGAAGGCUGUUGUGAGGAUAAAUGCAUGGAGAUAAAGGUGCACUUAGAACUGAGUGCCCAGCACAUAAUAAGUACUCACCAAAUGUGAGCUACAAGUACUCAUGAGAUACAACAAAUAUAUUAAAAAAAAAAAAAAAAGGAAGAGUUAGCAAUCCUCUAUUUACUGCAGUUAAUGUCCUUACUAAUACUAUGCACGGCUUUCAUUUUUAAAGUUUUUCUUCAAAAUGCCUCUGGUUAAAUUUGGUCCCCCAAACCCAGCACCUUGCUCUUUUCUUUAAAAAAAAAAGGGGGGGGCGGGGGCGGAGGGAGACGGGGUGCCUAGGUGGCUCAGUCGGUUGGGCGUCCGACUUUGGCGCAGGUCAUGAUCUCCCAAGUUCAUGGGUUGAGCCUCGUGUCGACCUCUGUGCUGACAGCUCAGAGCCUGGAGCCUGCUUCGGAUUCUGUGUCUCGCUUUCUGUCUGCCCCUCCCCUGCUUGCACUCUGUCUCUCUCAAAAAUAAAUAACCAUUAAAAAAAAUUUUUCAGUCUAACUUUUCCUUCCCUCUGCUCUGUCGCAGUAUUUUCUUGACUCACCCACAGAAGCCAACAAGAGCAUGUCAACUAACACCAAAUAGCUAGAACUUUCCACUCCUAACCUCCAGAAUGUCUCACUCAAAAGGACGUUCUCCCACAUAACACAUGCCACUUCUUCCUGUAAUUUUCUUCCCCCAUUUAAAGUUGGAUCUGUGGAAUGAGACCUAGUGUGUGGUGGGAGUUCCUCGUACUAGCAACCAUGGGAUUCAGUUGGGAAAGCUGCACUGGCUAUUGCCACGCGGUUCCCAGAAGAUGUGCUCGAUGGUGAAAACCGUGUAUGGAAACUACUGGCGGAAUGUUCCUCAUGCACCGUUUGUCCAAGAGCCAACCACUCACCAGGUGCUCUGCCAGGCUCCGGGGUGGGGAAUACCAACACGGCAAGCCCUGGUCUGGCUGUGAAACUUCUGGAAUCAAAGGGAAGCGGAUGGCCCCAUUUCCACAGAGAAGUACUGUUCAUUGACAAGUGACAUCCUGAAAUGCCACAUUCCCUCCUGUCACAGCAAGUUCUGGGACCGUGAAGGGUUGCUGGAGAGCCCAGGGAGGGCCCCAUCCUUCCUGCUGGAGCCCUCAAGUCGACGGGUCAACCUUGGCCGGGCCUGUUCUACAGCUAAGACACCAUAUGGAACCAUGUGCCCUCUUGAGGGCACCUCCUCAGCUCUGGGUUUUUGUGUGCCACCCACUGAGUGACCUCGUCACAUGUCUGCUGAAGCACAAAGAGAACUUUACGAAGACACUGACACUUUUGAUAUCAUUCAUAGUUUUGGUGCUAAAAAAGUUUAGGAGUAUGUGCUCUGAGUUCUUGAGUCUUUUGAACCUUGAGACUGGGGUGCCUGGGUGGUUCAGUCAGUUUAGCAUCUGACUUUGGCUCAGGUCAUGAUCUCAUGGUUCGUGAGUUCGAGUCUCAUAUCGGAUAAGCCCACACCCCACUUCUGCUGAGCUCGAGCCCCACUUUGGGUGAGCCCAGCAUCUCCCCUCCCCUGUUCUGCCCCUCGCUCACUUGUGCCCACUCUCUUUCAAAAAAAAAACAAAAAACCUUGCACUUUGAGUUCUGCUGGUUGGUUUUGUUGUUGAAACUGGGAACCUACAGGCUCGCCACUGGGCCCACACCACAGCAGGGAGCAUAUGGGUUUUCAAAGGGCCGAAACACUGAACUCCCUGCACCUGGUCCCUGCCCUCAGAUCGCUGUGUAGUCUGGGCGAGACCCGUCCUAUACCACAGGGCAGGCCAGAGGCGGGAAACGUGUUCAACGAGAGUUUUGACACCAAAGAUGGAGGUCAGAGGCCCUGCGGAAAAUUGGCAACGGGGUGGGCGGACUCUGUAACUACUGACCUGUGUAGCUGUGGGCCAGCGUAGAGAUGGCUUUUAUGUGUACGUGUUUGUUCGCCGAUUAAAGUUUUGAGUCUGUA